AUCAUGGCGACUUAUAGACAGGUUGGGAGGUUGUUGAGGAUUUCUGCAAGACUUUCACGACCUAUUGCUGGCUGCGGGUGUCAGAACAAUGGAUUUCACUGGUCGUCACAGGUCACAGGAGUUUCAAAGAGAUGGCCGCAAAACCCUCUCUGGACUGUUCCUGGAAGGACCAUGUUUGUGCAGACACAGGAUACACCAAAUCCAAACAGUUUAAAGUUUUUGCCUGGUCGGACAGUUCUCCAGGAAGGAACUAUGAAUUUUGCCAGCGCUCGUGAUGCUUACUGCUCGCCCUUGGCCAGACAGCUUUUCAGGAUCGAUGGAGUUAAAAGUGUCUUCCUGGGUCCUGAUUUCAUCACUAUCACAAGGACUAAUGAAAAUAUGGAAUGGAGGGUAAUUAAACCUGAUGUUUAUGCCACAAUCAUGGACUUCUUUACUUCUGGACUCCCAGUUGUCAGUGAGGACAGCAAGCCCAGUGCAGAUACCGCACCAUCAGAGGAUGAUGAUGAAGUAGUUGCAAUGAUUAAAGAGCUGCUGGAUACCAGAAUAAGGCCAACGGUGCAGGAGGAUGGAGGAGACAUUGUGUAUCGAGGAUUUGAUGAUGGCGUGGUUAAACUGAAGCUGCAGGGCUCCUGCACCAGUUGCCCCAGCUCAGUUGUAACUUUGAAGAAUGGAAUCCAAAACAUGUUGCAGUUUUACAUACCCGAGGUGGAAUCGGUAGAAGAGGUAAAGGAUGAGGAAGAGGAGGCAGCUGAGGUUUGAGCUGAAACAAGAACUUGACUGAGACAUUCAUCUCUCCAAAGCAGUCAGGCUUCAGUCAAACCCUUAAAAUCAAUAAAACUACCUGUUGUAACAGACUGUUUUACACGAGAACACGUCAUCUGAGUGUUCUUGUGCAUUUUGGUAGUUCUGCUAUAGUCAUAAUGACAUUUUUCAAACUCAUUGCACAUCUGAAAUGAAUUUAUUCUUUUACAGUGUUACAUGAUUUCUAAAUCCACUAGAGGACAAAACUGCCUUUAGGCAACGAAUACGUUAUAAAAACUGUAUCUAUAUAAGUAUAUACAGUACUGAAUACUUGUGUGUUUACGGUGCAUAAAGAUCGUUUAAGAAAAUAUUUUUGCCGUGUUCACUUUUGUCCCAUCAGUAAAUGUGUAGGGACAAAAUAUUCAUAUAACUUGUCAGAACAUUUAUUCCAUCAUU